AUGGUUUGUUUUUGUUUCUUGGUGGACCAAAGAAGGAAGAUUAGGAGAUCGAAGCCGGUAGCUGGGUCCUGUACAAGGUGCGGUAGUGGUGCUAGUGUGGCUGAUAUGAGAACUUCAACAAGAUUUUGUCAUAUUCCAUUUUACUGGAAAUCUUGGAGAGCAAUUAUUUGUACUUUUUGUGGAGCUAUUCUCAAAUCUUACAGAUAA